UCAUGUGUUUAGCGGUAUACAACUUUGUUGAAGGGGGAGCGUGGCUCGAACGAUAUCUCUGGAAAGGAGGCAAAAAGGACUGUUAAUGAUAGAGAAAUAGAAUUAAGGAAUUUUAAUAAGGCAAAAAGUAUAUUUUUCUGCAAAAGAAAGGUUUUCUCAGAGCUCUAGACGUUGGUUGUCGUUGUAUCGAGAAAUAAGGAGUAAUAAAAAUAUACCAUUUAGCAAUGGACGAUUUAUUAGAACUGUACGCAUUCACGGAAAAAAUUCCCAAAGAAUUGGAUGAAACGGUAGAGGAAUGGCUUAUCAAAUUGCGUGCAAUUCUUUGGGGUGCAGCUGUCUUACCCGCUACCGCCACCAAAGAAUCUAUAAAAGACAUACCAACAGCAUCGCCGCAACAAACAAAAAAGCGGGUUAAGCGUCUCACUUCAUUGAAUGAAGAAGAAACAGAAGAAUUGUCGUCGAUAGCAGUGAGUGCAACUAAUGCUAAAUUAUCAAAGAGCCAAGGAUCACCACGAAGAAGCAAGCGGUCUAAUGCAGAACUUUUAGCAUUUGCCGAGACAUUUGAGCCUUCGCUACAAAAGGGGCAGGAUGAUAAACCAAUUAAGAAAUCAUCGGGAAAGGUGCCGGAGAAAACAAAUGAUGGUUUUGAUCUACCCACGACAGAGAGAAGGUCAGAAGCGUCGAGUUUAAUGCCACCACCACCGACGCCUGUCGACUCUGCACCCUCUAUCGACGAACCAAGUUCCGGCCGACCCCAAAGAGCCGCCAAAUUAAAAGGCGAGAAGAAUCUCAAGGAGCCGAAAAUGAACACAAAGUUACGUCGUCCCUCCAAUAAUGAUGUUAAAGUUAAAUUGGAACAUGAACAGCGUGCUUCUCAAAUUCAUGAAAAGGUUUCGCCUCCACAAAACCAACUAUCAGCGCCAGCUAAAAAUGUUGAGGAAGAUUCACAAAAAAAAUCAUCGGUCAAUGCUAAGCCAAACGAUUCGAUUGUUAUUUUGCCGCCACCGAAACCAGCGACUAUUGAACUAACUGGCAAUUCUGAUGAUGACGACGAAAUCGUUCAGGCCCCAGCAAGCAAUUUUUCCAAAAAAUCCGUUGCUAGAAAUCCAAGCGUAUCUUCAGAGUCAUCUGAGAGUGGAGUUCGAAGUUUACGCAUCAAAAUUAAACGUGAAAAGGUUAGCUUGCAUUCCCAGGAGGAGAACACAGACGGUGCUUCUGAUGACACGGUGUUUAAAGCGCCCAAUGCUGUUCCACAACCUGCUGAAGCAGUACCAAAAACUGAUUCUACCACCCUGGAAGAAACCUCAGUGGCAGCUGCUAGUAUGCUCUCUUCGACCACAACGUCUGUUGCUGGCAAAAAAGGUCGUAAGAAGAAGGAAGCACCACGACCAAUUAAAGUCGAACGAUUCAGCGAUUUGGAUAAAAAGCCAUCGCCUGUGGCGUUGCGCACACGCCAAGGCGACUCAGGCUCGAAACUGUCUCAACAUGACAAAGAUGGUGGGGCAGCAGCAUGCGCCGUCGAAGAAACAAAACGUGGAGGUUCCAUAUACGAAGAUGCCGUUGAAACGCCCCCAUCUCGAAGUUCAAAAACAACAGCCGUUAAUGAGACUGUUAACAUUCCUGCGUCAGAUGCAACAAUGAAUUUAGGACCUGUACCUGGUGAUGCCACAUUCUGUACUAAUGCGGCACAAACAACUUUCCAGGUGACACCAGGGCAAACCACAUUUGUUGUCGAAGGAAAUCCAAACGCCACAGUUACACUGAACAAACACUCUGGCGCAGAUGCUACGUUCAAUGUACAAGGAUCGUCAAAAGCGGAUAGAGAUGAAGAUGCCACUGGCCAAAGAUCGUUUGAAACGGCCAAGGACUCUUCAGCACCCCAUGAGGACAGUCUCAUUACAGAAGAUGAAUCCAUUGAACCGCCAAAACUGGCAAAACCCAAAACAGUCUCAUCGGCUAAAGCACCCGCCGUAUCACACCCAUCUAAGAUUACAGGUUCCGCCAAGGCUUCCUACAAAAUGCCAACACGCAACAACGAAUUGUUCAAUCCCUUGGCUCAAAGUCCAGUAAAAAUGAGGGUAGAAGCCUUUGAGAAUGCGGCAGCAGCUGCUGCCUCGGAACAUCCCAAACGUCCACUGCGCAAUAAGAAGGAAAAUGUGACACCCUCGGCGGCAACAACACCAGUUAUUGGUAAACUUCCCACUCUAGGUCGUUUCCUCACACCUACACAAAGUGCAAAUCUCUCAUCGACGGGUAGUGCUGUUGCUAAGAAGGCUCCCACAAGUGCGUCAAAAGCAAUGCCCAUUACAAAGUCUGCCAGUGCAACAUUGCACAGGAGUGGAUCCACAGUUUCAGCAAAAACUUUACAAAGGGAGAAUAGUGCUGACGAUUUCCGCAAAGGAUUGCACCAUUUAGCGGAGGAACGUAAAAAGCAAAGGGAACAGAAACAUUUAUUGGCCGCACAGCAACGCGAGGCUAAAGAACGCGAGAGAGCAGAGCGAAUGGCCAAAUUAGCCAAGGAAAGAGAGGAGAAACGCUUGCAAAAACAACAGGAACAGGAACAAAAAAAGCGUGAAUUGGAAGAAAUACAGCGUAAAUUGCGAUUACAGCAGGAAGAGGAAGCUGCUCGCGCUAAAGCCGCUAAGGAACGUGAAAUGCUUUUGCUAAUGAAGCAACAGCAGCAAAUGACUGCCAAGCAACGAAUGAUGCCACCACCGGCCAAAACCGCAUCCAAAUAUACAUUUGAUAUGUUGCACGAAGAUGACUCUACCGAUGAUGAGGACAAGGUUUCACAUAAACGUCCCCCACCCCCUUCAUGGAGUAGAAGUCAUAAACGUGGUCCUUAUGUGUUGAAACAGGAGUACACCCCAUCAUGUUAUAUUGACAGUUUCUUUUCGGUUCAACCCAUGACGCCCGAUCUAAAGCAAAUUUUCCCCAAUAUCGAUGCGCGUCACCUAAAACGCAAUUCCAGUGUGUUAUGGUCCACGCCACCGCGUUACUCCGAGUUGCCCAAGUAUUAGCAACAUCAUCAGCAUCAAUAGCAAAUGCAAAGCCAGUUUUUGCAUUCGUUUUGUUCAAUUUGGAAAUUUAUUUAUUUAAUGUAUUCUAUAUUUCAUUUAUGUAGUACAAGCGUUAAUCGUUUCAAAUAGCCUUCUACAUUUCAAACAUCUUCGUUUUGUGUACUAUAAAAAGAGUAACAUUUCAUCAGAUUGUAUUGCUUACUUAUCGUUGUCAUAA